UGCAAUGGUGGUUGGAGGCACAGGAAGAGGUGGUGAUCCUUCAUCAAAGUAUGGCACUAUUGCCCCAAGGGGAAGAGGAAGAGGAAGAGGUGGAACCACUGCUCCACUUCCUGGAAUUGUGAUUAGAGAAACAAAUCCUAACACUAGGGUGGAUAUUGGUACAAACAAAGGUGUAAACUGUGAGAAGGGUAAACAGCCCAUAGUUUGUAGAGGUAAAGCACCAAUAACAAGGAUUGGAGGUGCUCCAAGGGUGGGUUUGCCAACACCACAGGGAUGGAGAAGAUCCACAAGGAUGGGGAAUGCCAUAUUUUGGACUCAACCACAAACUUCAUCUGCAGCAUCAUGUGGCAGUGGUGGUGGAAGUGGUAGUACCACAAUGCCAAGCACUCAACCAUCAAGUUCAACCCCAAGUACCCAAAAAUCAGCCACUUGAAUCUGCUUUAGGAAAUGGAUUAGGAUAAGUCUUUUGGUGUAGGAUAAGUCUUUUGGAAACAAUGUGUAAUGUUUACACACAGUUGGAACAAUGUGUAAUCCAUUAACUAGAAUCCACAUAUUUCUUUUAUGGGUUGGAACUACUGAAUGAAAUGAAUGCAAUGUAACCU